AUGUUCAACCUGAAGAUUNUUUCCCUCUCCUUCCCCUUCUUGAGGGAGGGCAGCCGUGUGUGGGAAAGGGGAGCGCCGCCCCGGUCACUGCCCAGCCCACUGCCCACCAAACGCAACCGCACCUAUUCAGCCACGGUGCGGGCCACCUCAGGGCCAGCGUUUAAGGGUGUGUGCAAGAGCUUCUGCAGGUCACAAGGUCAUGGCUUCAUCCGUCCAACCAAUGGCGGAGAUGACAUAUUUGUUCACAUCUCGGAUAUCGAGGGCGAGUAUGUCCCAGUUGAAGGAGAUGAGGUCACAUACAAAGUCUCCCGGAUCCCACCCAAAAACCUGAAGAUCCAGGCCGUGGAGGUGAAGAUCGUUCAUCUGAACCCAGGGACGAAGCAUGAGACCUGGUCUGGCCAGAUCAUCAGCCAGCUAGACGAGAGCUAGGCUUCUGCGCUGGCCUGUUUAUCUACACUUGGCUAGGGUGGGGAGGGCUAGGGUGGGAAGUUGAGGGGUCUGGCUAGGGCAGGCAGGGACGGCCAACUGGUGCUGGAGAGUCUGUCUAAAUCAGGUGUGCUAGAGCUGGGCUGGAACAAAACUCUAGAUACACUGACUGGCUCCUCAGGACACAAGUUGGCCAUCCGUGAACUAGGAUGUGGUURGUACAGACUGGAUUGAUAAGUCAUAAAAGCAAGUAAGGGAGGAGAAUAUGUUCAACUUGAAGGUACUGAAAAUGGGUGAGGGGACAGAGCAGAGUGGUGGAGGAAAUAGAAUGAGAUAUCCGACACCAUUUUGAGGAGAAGCAUUACUAUUGGUGUGAAAUCAAAAUGAGGUUGGAGAGAAAAUAACUGACAAAUGUUUAGAGGUACAGAAUCGGAAACGUCUGAUUGAGAGAGCAAUCGAGAAGAAGGUAGGGAGAGAUGGGUGUAAUGGGAGACAAAAAAAAGCUUGGAAGAAUGAUUUAUAUUUUACUGUGAAUGGAAAAGCCACUAUUAAUAUUUUCUCGAGGUACACAACCAUCUUUGUAUUUUUGCCUUUUAUUUAUAUAUAUUUAUUUGACCAUUUUGUUUCGAUUUUUUUGUAUCCGWUAGUUUUGAGGUUACUGGAUUUAAGUUUUGGGUAUUGUAGUCAAACGAAUGCACUUAAAAACUUGAACUUCCAUUCUGAAAUACUGCCGAACAGACUACAACUCCUAUUAGGCUUUAUCAUGUGGCAAUUUGUAGUCCUGUUUGCAAAUUGUAACUCACCAUGAUGGUAUGAGCAAAUUACUGUAAGGUUUUUGAAACUAUUUGAAACUUUUCUAUUGUCUGAGAGACGCUGUAACACACUGUCAAUGGAAUUUAAAUACAUUUGAAUGUAUUUGUUUAAGUUCUGAAAUGAUCAUUUGAUUGUUACUGAGCCGUUAUUCGUAUUUGUUUCAUGUCUGCCCAUUAUGUUUAGCAUUUCUCCAUAUUUAGGCUAUUUCUAUGUAUUUUUCUGUCCUUCAUUCUUACUGUUUUGGGUUGUUUUAUUUCAUAUUUUAGUUUUAGUUAAAAUGCUAGGUUUUCCAUUGGUCACAGUUCAGAGCAUUUUCUGUUAGACAAGCCACUGUGGCUAUAGUUUACCCUAAUUUCAAUGUGAGCCUUGAAAGAGCACUAAAAACAUUUUAUGAUUCACAAUUAUGGUGGCUGUUAUCUUUCUUUAGUAUUUAUCUUUGGAGAUAAGGCUGUAUACAUAGUAUGUGACAUUAGAAUGACAUGCCUAUUCCUUAGUUAUACUUUCCAUCUGUUGUACAAAAAAAUAACAAGUCACACUUGGCCCAAUGAUAUAAAAUAAUUUAUUACAAUGAACAUAGUUCAAAUGAAUACAGUACUCAACAAUGACAUCAUGAUUUCACAAUUAGUGUAUGUCGAUCAAACUGUACAAGUGAGUCCACUGGACCUUUGUCAUUCAGGAAGGUCUAAUGGCCUUUGGCAGAAGGGUCAAGACAUCCAGAUUAUUGUAUUUGU